CAGGCGUGAGCGUGCAGUCUGGGUCCCGGAGAUCUCGUGAUAUGUGAACGGGGAUUCGGGGAAGGAGGCAGCGACGGGCGGAGGGACCCGGGAGAUGAUCCUCAUCCUGAUGGGGGUCAGCGGCAGCGGCAAGACCGCUGUGGGCUCAUGUCUUGCAAAUAAGCGGGGAUGGAAAUUUUAUGAUGCUGAUGACUACCAUCCUAAAGAAAACAAAGAAAAGAUGGUGAACGGAAUACCACUGGAUGAUGAGGAUCGAAUCCCCUGGUUGUGCACUUUGCAUGAAAUAUUAAUGAGGGAAAUUUCAUUUGGAGAAAACGUGAUCCUUGCUUGCUCUUCUCUGAAAAGAAUGUAUCGAAGAAUUCUGACUGGUGAGCAAAGUGCUGUCAACAGAACUUUAAAAGAGAACGAGGAGCGAUCACAACUUGGCUGCAGCAAGAACAUCUUGUUUGUAUAUCUUCAUGGCCCCAUACAAUUGAUUACUAAGAGGUUAGACAGUAGAAAAGGACAUUUCAUGUCACCUUCUUUGCUACAAUCUCAGUUUGCCACACUAGAGCCACCGGAAGGUACUGAGAAUUUCAUUAAUAUUAGUAUUGAGAACAGCAUUUCAGACAUAGUGACUGAGAUUGAAAGACAUUUAGGUUAAAAUUUUUUGUUUGAGGUCAGCAGAAAGCAAUGGCUGCACUGUACUGAUAGGAAUAAAUGUUCCAUAUCACUAAUUGCCAGUUAUAUUGUGACAUGCAAUUAAUAGAGUGUACAGUGGCAUUAAAAAAAUUCCCAUACAUAAAACCUUAAAGACACCUCAGUAAUUCACUGGGCAGUAGAAGUUGCAAUUAACUUGUAUCAUACAAAUCACAUUCUCCAGCCAGCACCAGCAUCCAGUAGUAUUGGUAAAUCAAAACUGAUAGUCAAUCCAUUGCAUUUUGGAGUAUUAGUAGUGAUUGAAUGAAAAAAGGUCUUGACAUAGGAAGAUUAGCCUUUGGUUUGUUUGAUUGUGAGCAGAAGGAAAAAGAGUCAACAAGUUCUUCUCCAAACACUUCAGACUGAUAAUUGAUACUUGUGACAUCGACAGGAGUUAGCAAUUCUGGUUGGAUACCAUCUACACACAAUCGUAAUAUUUAAUUUUGGACUGCUCUGUUUUAAACAAUCAAUUAAUGACCUGAUUUUAAGAUUGUUUAAUGUUCAGACUUAAUUUAUCUAAAUAUAAUGAAAUACUUCUGCAGUGGUUUGAAAAUCUGACAAGUUCAAAGUUCCCUUCUUAAUAAAGCAAAUAAAAGAACCAUCCACAUUUCCCACUACCAUGAACACAAUGAGAAAAUGUUGCGCAGUAAUGAUGUUACUGGACUAAAAUUCAGCAAAUCAAGCAAAUUCUCUGGGGACAUCAGUUUAAAUGUAAUCGUGGCAACAUUGGUGGAAUUAAACUUAAUAAAUCCAGAUUUUUUUUGUAAAUAUAUUUAUU